AUUGCAAUACCACUUUAUUUUGAAGUUCUCAUCAUCUCUACUCUCUCUCUCUCUCUUUCAUGGAGCCCUUUUGCUUGAGAUUCAUUCUCACUCUGGUGGUAGUAUGUUCAGUUAAUUCAGUCCCAAACACUGUCUUAGCCAAUAACCCAUGUGAUUUUCCGGCGAUAUUCAACUUCGGCGACUCAAAUUCCGACACCGGCGGCUUGUCUGCCGCAUUCGGCCAGGCCGGGCCACCUAAUGGCGAGUCAUUUUUCCAUGGCCCCGCCGGACGUUACUCUGAUGGACGUCUAGUAGUUGAUUUUAUAGCGGAGAGCUUGGGCCUACCAUAUCUGAGUGCCUAUCUUGACUCGGUGGGCUCCAACUUCACUCAUGGGGCCAACUUUGCCACUGCCGGAUCCACCAUCAGGCCCCAAAACACAACCCUUCAUCAGAGUGGUUUUAGCCCAAUCUCAUUGAAUGUUCAAUAUUAUGAGUACAAUGAUUUCCAACAUAGGUCUCAAAUCUUUCGUAGCAAAGGAGGAGUUUUCAAGGGACUUUUACCAAAGGGUGAAGAUUUUUCUGGCGCUUUGUACACGUUUGAUAUUGGGCAGAAUGAUCUAACGGCUGGUUAUUUUCUUAACAUGACUACGGAUCAAGUUAGAGCUUAUGUUCCUGAUGUAUUGGAUCAAUUCAAAACCAUAAUAAAGUAUAUAUAUGAUCAUGGAGGUAGAUCAUAUUGGAUACACAAUACGGGUCCUGUUGGGUGUUUACCAUAUGUGUUGGAUCGUUUGCUGAUCACAACUGGUCAAGUUGACAAGUUUGGAUGUGCGAGUCCAUUCAACGAGGUGGCCCAAUAUUUCAACCGUAGAUUGAAGGAAGCUGUGGUCCAACUUCGAAAGGAUCUUCCAUUAGCUGCAAUUACAUACGUUGACGUCUAUUCAGUAAAAUAUGAACUCAUUAGUCAAGCAAAGAAGCACGGAUUUGAGCACCCACUGAGAGCUUGCUGUGGUCAUGGUGGAAAAUACAACUACAACAUGCAUAUUGGAUGUGGAGGAAAGAUUAGAGUGAAAGGGAAAGAAGUGUUAGUGGCCAAGUCAUGCAAAGACCCUUCUGUUGCAAUCAGUUGGGAUGGGGUUCACUUCACAGAGGCAGCUAACAAAUGGGUUUUUGAUCAGAUUGAGGAUGGUUCUUUUUCAGACCCUCCUAUUCCUUUGAAAAUGGCAUGCCAUAGGCACCAUAAACAUUGAGCUAGUAAGGAAAAUGAUUGUGAGGCCCUCCGGUUACUUAAAGUGAUUUGUCUGACCAGUUAUUUUUGACUGAUCGUGUAUAUAAAAAUAUAAGGAAGUGAAAUCCUUUACUUUCUUAUAUUUGGUAAGGAUGACCAAUCAAAACUUGUAUAGGUCACAUAAUUCACUUUGAGAAUUCGGCCCAAAUAUUACUAUUGAGCUAGUAGACAUGCAUGUCCUUAAUAGAUAUACAUGCAAUUUAUUAAUGGUACUAAUGCCAUGUUCUCAAUUGUUUUGUUGUUAA